CGAUGCAUCGAUGCCAAACAUCAAUAUUUUCGAUGCGUCGAUAUUUUUCCGAAUUCCCUAAUAGAGAUUUAGCAACAUGGUGUUCCUGCGUGGAUGGAGAUAUGCAGCUUUUAUUUCUUGUAUUAUCGGCGGAAUUGGUAUAGCACUUUACCCGAUCGUCGUUGAGCCAAUGAUGAAUGUGGAAAGGUAUAAGGAUCUGCAAAAACGUACCCGCAGAGGAAUUAAACAAGAAGACAUUCAGCCCGGCAACAUGAAAGUGUGGUCUGAUCCGUUUGGGCGUAAAUAAAACACAUGAUGGGUACUGUUUAUGAAUUUGUACAACGAUUUUGGGUUGCUGUGCCCAAACGCGUGAAUCGAAUCUAAAAACUUGUACACACACUUGUAGACCACAGUUCACGCUUUAUUACAAAAAUUUAAUUUACUAAAUCUGUGCACUAAUUUAACAAUAAUGUCGGUUGGAAUUAUGGUAUCUGUUGCAAAUUUGUAUAUACAUUUUUAUAUAUAUAUUGGUUGUAAAACACCAAAAUAGACAUCACUGGGGCGGCAGCCCCAGGUUUACCACACAG